UGCAUUUGUGCCUUACUAUGCUUGGCGUGGGUUUGAUCGACGCGCUCUCCUUUGACUGUUUUAGUCUGGCAGUGCAUCGCAUGAGUUGUGGACUUCAGGAACGGGAACCGAUAAAUCAUGGGUCGCCACUCAUCAAGCAGUGAAGGCGACAGCAGGGGCAGGAAGAAGAAAAAACAACGUCGCCGCUCGUCUUCGUCUUCCUCGUCCUCCUCCUCGUCGUCCUCCUCCGGGAGUCGGGUGACCGGCAGUCGGAGCCACAGGUCUAGCCGCCGGAGCCGCUCACGGUCCAGGGACGGAGACAGAAGACAAAAGAGGCGUUCAAGCAGCACGUCAUCCCACAGUUCAUCCCGCAGGAGGAGAAGCCGAAGCGCUGACAAGGGAAGAAGCCACCGCUCGCACAGGUCACGCAGCCGGGACAGAAGGUCUCAUUCUCGCCAGCGCCGAUCCCACAGCCGGAGCGGUAGUCGCAGUCGUCGAGGCAGCCAUGGCCGCCGAAGCCGGGAUCGGACCCGGAGCAGGCAUAAAGGACGUGACCGGGAUAAAGACAAGGAGAGGGACAAAGGACGAGAUCGGGACAGGGAAAAGAACAGGGACAGGGUGGAGAAAAUGGGAGAUGCUGAGAGCAUGAAAGCAGGACUUGAACACCUGACAAAAGCAGAGCAAGCAAAGGUUCGAAUGCAGAUGGUCCUGCAGGCUGCAGCCAAAACAGAUGAAGUUCUCAAGGCCAAAAUAGCCAAGCAAGAGGAUGAGGCCCGAAAAAAGAUGGAUUUAGAGGGAACUUCUCUGGAGGAGCAAGUGCGAAGGAUAAAGGACAUCGAGGCCAUCGAGAGCGACUCCUUUGUUCCUCAGGCUUUCAAAUCAACCCGGGCCGACAUCAAGGUCGAGCCUGUGAAGCUGGAAUCGGACGCAACGGACUACACAGACGUCAAUCUUCCUCUAUCCAUCGUCUACAAUGACACCGACACUCUGGCUCAUCCUGCUCUGUUCAUGGACAAAGAGAAGGCUGAGGAGUUGUGGCUCAACCGACUUAUCUCACUACGCCAGGAGAGGCUCAUGGGAAGUCCUGUGGCCUAACCAGAGAGCGCCAGGAGAUGUGUCAUGUCCCCGGGAUCCCUUUCCCUCUACUUCCUGCCUACCACAUCUUUUAAGUGUCCACAGAGUUUUUCCUUCACUUUAUUCUUUGUGUUCCACUGAAACUUUACGAGAAGUGAAUCCAGUGGUAAUUAAACCGUAGUGAAGCUGACGUGGUUAUGGUUUUGCUACUGUUAGUAUCUCCCCCAGUAAAGAUGGCAGCAUUGACGUUAGCAUGUUAGUUAUAGAGUGGUUAUCAAGUCUGCACACUUCUGUUCAAAUGCCAGGUUGUAGAGAGCUAUAUUCCAUCAUGAAUGUGAUCUGUAACCUGUGCAACUCGUUUGAAAAAGAGAGAUCAUGUGAUUGCCUAGUUGUGCACACCAUUUCUGAAUUUGGGAAGGGACUAAUUUCUGAAUUCAGAUCUUCAAGUCAGCUUGACUGAGGCCGAGCACAAAAGGGUGAUCCAGUCCCCACCAUGCAUCAGGGUUAGUAUGGUCUUCUUUUGGUGAUGAGAAAUGUCAUGACUGUGCCAAACAUCUUUUGGGGAAUUAAAGACAAAAAGUUAAACCUUGCUUUCAUUGGCCAGAAUACAUUUUCCCACACACUGUAUUUAAUAUUCCAUCUUGCCACUGGUGGCACGGUGGAACAGCUGGUAAAGCGUUGGGCUCACAGUUCUGAGGUCGCUGGUUCAAUCCCGGACCUGCCUGUGUGAAGUUUGCAUGUUCUCCCCGUGCCUGCGUGGGUUUUCUCCUGGCACUCCGGUUUCCUCCCACAUCCCAAAAACAUGCAACAUUAAUUGGACACUCUAAAUUACCCUAGGUGUGAUUGUGAAUGCGACUGUUUGUCUCGAUGUGCCCUGGGAUUGGCUGGCAACCAGUUCAGGGUGUACCCCGCCUCCUGCCCGUUAACAGCUGGGAUAGGCUCCAGCACUUCCCGCGACCCUUGUGAGGAUAAGCGGCGAAAAAAUGGAUGGAUGGAUGGAUCUUGCCACUCUUCUCACUCCAUAGCCCAGAAAUAUGAAAAGGACAGGAAAUUAUUGUCACAUGUACCAAGCAGCUAGUAUUUGCCAUAAAGCUGUGCAGCUCCCUCAUUGUUGCUGUUGGCCUAUUGACCUGACCCAUUUUCUUCUGAUUUUCAAACAUUUUGUAGGGACGCCCGGUUCUUGGACUAAUUAUGAUUACCAAGAACCUAAGCUGUGACAACAAAAAAAAAAUGUUUAGGGAAAAGAUUAAUAGCCUAACCUUGAAUUCAGUUGUACAGGUUAUGUCACAGUAAUGGUGGUAAAAUUUUUGAAAUUUCUUGUCCUCGUCACAUUUUUUUUCAUCUAAAUAAACGAAACACAUUUGAACCAGAAUCGACACAUACAUGAACUGUAGCAUGUGUUGUCCUUCAUUAAAAAAAUAAAAAGAUGAUUUAA